UAUUGCUGAGUGAGUCCUGCAGCUAUCACUGACACCGAUACCCGCCUCCAGGCGCGCGAUGUUACAGAGCAUCGGUCUGACCCUGCUGGUCUUGGUCGCCACUCUCUUAUGCGUCCUCUUGUUUAUGCUUUUCGGUUGGUAUGUGGUGUGGCAGCUGUUUCUGUCCAAGUUUAAAUUCCUUCGUGAACUUGUAGGUGACACCAGUUCACUGCAGGGAGAUACUGAACCAUCAGAGACUGAAACCGUAGGGGACUUGCCACCCAUACCUCUACGCCACAGACCCAAAUCAGCACGUGUACGGAGGGCACCAAUCGAAGGAACAACAUAGAGAACCAAAUUGGAGCUUUGCUCCGUUUAUUUGAAAUAAUUCAUCGGCUUUUAAGCUCCAUUACAAUCUAUGAUUGACUUGCCGUGCUUUAUAAUUUAAUGAUUGACUUGCUAAAACUACAUUCUCUUGGAAUUGAAGAAUUUUAAAGCUUUUGGGUCUCACAGAAAUGCAUGGAGCUAGUUUAAUUUACCAGUGUUGCAUCAUCUAAUUUUCUCGCAGUGCUGAGAAAAUCAGUUUGCUUAUGAGUUGGCAAGUCACUUGGUCCUAGAUUACUUAGGUGCUUGAGUCCUGGAUCAAAUAGCACCACCAACUGUAAUCUAAGUUUUAUUGAAUAUGUUUCUGGUUUGUGAAUUACUGAAUUACUGAACUAAGUAAUAAGUUUAUGGUAUGAAGUAGCACUUUUCAAUAUGUAUAUUAUUUGAAUCUUGCUUUAGGUGCUUCCAAUUUAUUUUAAAACUUUUCACAUAAUUAUGAAAAAACACAUUGAACAUGUUUACAUUAUAGGUAUUCCUUUUUCUACUGCAUCUUUCCUGCUUUAACAUGUCAAUAGAAACAAGCUGACCUGCUUUCAUAUAGAUUAACAAUAUAAGAGCUACACACCUCUUGGGAUGGGAUUUCAACUUCUACUACCCUGUAGCUGACAUACUGAUAUUUAUUAGAUUCCCUCCUUGUUUCAUCAGUUACACUAUGGCUAUUUUUUAUAGAUUUCUGAA